GUCGGGACCCAAUAAUAUUUAGACCGGCUCCAAUCUUCCCAAUAAUAAAGAAAACAAACAAAUGUGCAUACAUACAUACAUACAUACAAGAUACUCGUGAAAAACAUAACCACUCCUUGAUAGUCGGGUAAGAAAAGUAAAGCUUAAACUAUAAAAAGGUUAAAGCUCCAAUUGUGCAAUGGCAGUGAUACAAUUAACUAGGUAAGCUUAUAGUAGAACAAUGUUGUAUGAAUUUAAUUACAGUCCCACAACAGCAUUGAAAAUUGAUGAUUUUGAUUUAAUUUGUCGGAUUUGUUUACAAAAAUCAGAAUUUAUGUUACAUAUAAGUACAUUAAAUAUAAUACCAAUGAUUGAAGCAUGUUCUGCUAUACGAAUCACUUUAACUGAUACUUUACCACAACAAGUAUGCCAAAAAUGUGUAAAACAUUUAGAGAAUGCAUGGCAAAUUGGUAAACAAUGUGAAUCAGCUGAUAAACAUUUACGUAAAUUGAUUGAAACACAAUCAGAAUUAAAGUUAGAAAUAAAAAGUGAAAAUUUUAAAAAUGAAAAUGAUUCAAAUUAUGGACAUGACGAUGAAGUUGAUACAGAACUUUCAAUAAAAAGUGAAAAUAAUACGGAGAACGAUGACGUGACGACGAACGACGUCUAUGAUGAAAGUUCUACACAUAAACAUUUAUCCAACAAUAUAAAACGUAGUCGAAAAAUAUUGAAUAAAAAAACUACAACUAAAUGUGAACAAUGCGAUGAAAGCUUUUCUCAUGUUUGGGGAUUAGGUUUACAUAUGAAAGAUAAACAUUCUGUGGAUCCGUUGGCCUGUAAAAAAUGUGAUCAACAAUUUUAUCAUCGGUUACAUUUAGAGGAUCAUUUAAAUAAACACGACAACAUAGAAUUUAAAUGUAAAAUUUGUGAAAAACAAUUCGAUACUGUAAACAUUCGACGUAAACAUGAAUUUAAACAUAAUCCAAAAAUAUUUCAUUGUUUCAAGUGUGAUCGAUCAUUUAAAGCAAAAUAUAUGCUUAAUAAACAUGAACAAGACCAUCAUAGUGGGGAACGUCCUCGAGAGGCAUGUUUAAUUUGUGGUAAAUCAAUAAUGCAAUCAAAUAUGGGUGCACAUAUGAAAAUUCAUAAAGAACGAAUACCAUUUUCUUGUCAAGAAUGUCCCAAGAAAUUUAUUCGUGAAAUUACACUCAAAGAACAUGUACUGAAAAUUCAUCAAAAUGGGCAAAUACCAUUGAAAGAAUUAUGUACGAUUUGUGGACGAAAAGUACGUGGGAAAUCUGAAUUACGUCGACAUAUGCGAUCACACACUGACGAAAGACCGUUUAGUUGUAAGUUAUGUGAUAAACGAUAUCGUGAAAAUAAGGCGUUAACACGGCACGUAUUAAGUGUCCAUAUUAACGACCGCCCGUUUGCAUGUACAAUUUGUUCGAAAGCAUUUCACACUAAAGCUAUAUUACAAGCGCAUAUGCGUUCACAUACCGGUGAAAAACCGUACAGUUGUUUAAUUUGUAAUAAAGCAUUCGGUUCGAAAAGUUGGUUAAAGGCACAUAUAAAAGGGCACAGUGAAUGAAAUAACAUUCUAUUCUAUUCAGAAUAAUUUUUGUUUGUAAUUUAAUAUAUAUAAUAUUUGCUAAGUUCACACUUUACAGUUUUAAAGCACUCGAUAUCUGUGAUUCGAACCAUAAUUUAUUUUACACGAUGAUAAUAUUGUAUGUACAUUUCUGCGUGCUGUAAAAGUGUGAACUAAGCAAAACCUCCGUCGUAACUCGCAAGAAAGCAAAGAAAAUGUCGAAGUAAUACUUUAAAUUUGCGUCCGCGCAUUAUAAAAAAGCGUCUGGCUUUCUAUAAAUUUAGCACCCUCAUAUAUUAUCUAUUUCUUACUAAGAGUACAUGCGGACGCGUUUUCUUCUGAUUUUAGAACACAGACAAGAAGUAAUGAACAUAUUAUAAUGUGUGUAAAAUAA